UUUAUACAUAAUGAUCAUUACAUAUAUUUGAAAAUUACACGAACCGUCCAACUAUUAAUUGACGUUUUAAAAACAUUAGUGAAUGAAACAAACAGAACUUUUCUUAGAUAAGAAUAUACAAAAACAUAUUAGCAUACCAAUAAUAAGUGUGGAAGAGGUGCUGCUAAUUUUCGCAGACGUUUUGUUUAAUGGCCUUUCGUAAAUUUAUAAAAUCUGUACUGCUAGGGAUUCCUAUUGGUGUAACGUUUCUGGAUUGUGUAGGCUAUGUGGCUCGAGUGGACGGAAUAUCUAUGCAACCAGCCCUUAACCCAGAUGCCAGCCAAACAGAUUACGUUUUCCUAUCUCGCUGGGCUGUGCGUACAUGCAACGUGGAUCGCGGCGAUAUCGUUUCACUUAUUUCUCCGAAGGACCCCGCACAAAAGAUAAUAAAGCGUAUAGUUGGACUACAGGGUGAUGUCGUUUCCACUUUGGGUUACAAACAUGAAAUAGUGCGUAUACCAGAAGGUCAUUGUUGGGUAGAAGGGGACCACACUGGCCAUUCGCUGGAUAGUAACACUUUCGGGCCUGUAGCGCAGGGCUUAUUAACGGCUCGAGCGACGUUCAUUGUUUGGCCUCCGGAACGCUGGCGUCGACUACAAACUGAGUUACCUCGACGUCGUAGACCCAUCCAAAUAGCCAAGUCAGCAAGUUACUACAGUCAAUAGUAACCUUAAAUAGGGCAGUGAAGUUCAAGGUACUUUCGCGUCAAUUUUCAGUGAUAUACCAGCUUUAAUUAAGAGUCCUGAAAGUGUUAUAUGUAUAUAAAAUUAAACUACAGUUUGAAUGUUAUAAAUUUGAAGAACAUAUGUGUGCGAAUGUUUGAAAAACAGUUAAAAAUUUCAAGUUAAUUUUUGAGGGUUUAUGAAAGUAAUUAGAGUUGUAUUUACACCUUUUGAAGUACGUAUAAUUAUUGUAAAUUAAAAUUAUUGCAAAUUU